CUUCCACCGACCCGACCGACCCACUCCCACUUCCACUCACACUCCCGACUCCGAUUUGACCCUUCCCCAGUCUCCACCGACUAUCAUCGCUUUUUCUCUUCUUUUCGUCUUCUCUCUACUUUUCUUCUUCCCAUUUUCUCUUCUUGAUUUUUGGAUUUGGAUUAUUUAUUUAUUUAUUUUUUUUUUACAAAAAAUAAACAAUCAAUCCACAGAAGACAGGUCAUACGACUCCCGGCCACUUUCCCCCUUUUCCUGUAGGACGGACCUGUGUGUGUCCCGACGCUGCGUUGUCCGGAUUCCCGGCGCAAUUGGUCGGACAAAUAUUGCAACCCAAAAUCAUUUCACGGGAAAAGAAGAGAAACGUUGAGAACAGACAAGAAAACAAAAGGAUAAACUGACCACUUCCCCCACCCAUCGCAAGCCCCUGGGGCUGCUGCGUCACGCGCUACCAAUAUCACCAUGCGCUCCAGCAUCGCCUGCGCCCGCUGCCGUCGCAGCAAAAUCAAAUGCGUCAAUGCCGGCAUCGACACCACCUGUCGCGCCUGUGAGUCCUCUGGUCGCGAGUGUGCUUACCCUACCCCCGCCAUCGGAGGCGGUGCCGCGGCCGCCAAACGGGAUCUCGCGGCCCUCGCCGAUGGGGACGAGCGCAAUGGCCACCCGGACUGGGAGAGCCCCAAGCGCCAGCGCUCGCGCAAGUCCGUCGGCCUCGCGGCCGCGGCUGCCAAGGAGGCCGCCGCCAAGGCUUCCCUCGACGCCCUCGACGCGCCUGUCCUAACCGUCAAGGUCUGGGAGGCCGUCUUCGACCUCUUCCAAUCCCACGCCGCGACCCUCCUGCCCUUCCUGCACCCCGCCUCCUUCCUGGCCCAGAUCCGGCCCCUCGCCCACGGCGCUGGCCCCGCCCCCGCGAGCCCCCCUGGCGCCCACGCCCCCGCGCCGCCCCCUAACCCGCUCAUCCCCCUCGGCGUCCUCGCUCUGACAGCCCGUUUUCACCCGACCCUUGUCGCCUAUCAUGCUCCCGCCGGUGCUGGCGCCGGUACCCCGGACCCCCUCGUCGCCUCCGAGGUUUACGCGACCGCCCUGCGCGCCCGUCUGGCGGGUGUCGACGGCUCCAGUCUCGCCAUCCCCGACCUCACCCGCGUCCAGGCCCUGCUCAUGCUCGCCCUGCACGAGUGGGGCAUGUGUCGCGGCAAGAGCGCCUGGCUCUAUGUCGGCAUGGCCAUCCGCCUGGCCCAGGCCAUGGGCCUCCCCUGGGAGCUCGAGCAGGACGGCGUCGCCCCCGCCGCUCCCGCCCCGCUCCAGGUGGAGGCGGAGCUGUUCGGCCUGCCCCGUCGGGCGGCCCCCGCGCGCGAGCCCACCGCCGACGACAUCAUCGCGCAGGAGACCAAGCGUCGCACCUUCUGGGCCUGCUUCCUCCUCGACCGCUGCCUCAGCUCCGGCCGGUAUCGCCCCCGCAUGAUCCGCGUCCGCGAGCUGGGCAUCCAGCUGCCCAGCGACAAUGCCUUUGCCUUCGGUGAGCGCGUCCGCACCGCCCGCCUGGGGGAGCCCCCCGCCCGUCGGCCCCCCAGCUUCGGCGCCCCCGGCGCCCCCGUCAUCCCCAGCCUCCGUCAGAGCCUCGGCGGCUUCGCGGACGACCCGCGGCCCGGCCCCCCCGCGUCGGAUGCGCACCAUCCCCCGUCCGCCUGGUCGCCCGUCGCCCGCCGCGCCGACGCCGCCGCCGCCGCCACGGCCGCCACCGACGACGAGGGCAUCGACCGCUGGGAGGUCGGUGCCGAGGAGUCCGUGCUCGGCCGCGUCAUCCGCAUCGUCCGUCUCUGGGGCAGCAUCGCCCAGUGGUCGUGCGCCGGCGGCCGUCGCACCGAGCCGGUCGCCCCCUGGCAUCCGGAGUCGCGCUUCGCCCACCUGCGCACCCGCCUCGCCGAGUUCCAGGACGGCCUGGCUCGGAACCUGCAGUACUCGUCCCGCAACACCGAGACCCACAUCAUGUACCGCCACAGCCUGGCGCCCUACACCGUCAUGCACGUCGUCUACUUCCUGUCCGUCAUCGUUCUGCACCGCGCCUACAUCCCCUUCUUGCCCGUCCACUGCCCGGGUCCCGUCGGACCCCUCGACGAGCCGGGCGCCGUCGCGACCGACCCGACCACCGCCGGCGGCCCCGACGGGUUCUGGCGCGACAGUGCCCGUGAGCUCUUCGGCGCCGCCCGUCGCAUGAUGGACCUGGUCCUCACCUGCCAGGAGCGCGGCGUGCUGGUGGAGAACCCGCUCGUCGGCUUCGCCGUCUACCAUGCCGCCUUCGUCAGUGUCUACGCGGCGCACUUCCCGCACAUGGACCCCGACGGGGCCCUGCGGCCUCCGCCCCGCUCCCCGACGCCCCCGGACGCCCCCCGCGCCGCGCUCGCCCCCUCCCCGGCCCGCCAGAUGCUCGACCUGCUGCGCCGGAUGCGGCCCCGCCUUCGCAUGGCUCGCGGCUGGUUCCGCACCGUGAAUCGUCUCCACAGCUACUUCGCCAAGGUCCGUCGCGACGUCCGCCGCCACAUCCGCCGCCCGGAUGGGGGCCUUGCCGACGACGCCGGUCCCGACGGCCGGCCCGUGCGUGAGGGCGGUGCCGGUGGAGGCCUCGACGAGUUCCGCCUGAUCGAGAAGCUGUUCCUCGACUUUGGUACCAUCGAGGAUCAACUGCCUGAAACCGGGUCGGACGCCAGUGGAGACGGGGGUCCCGUCGUUGCCGCCAACACUGCCCUGUCCGCUGCCCCUCCUGCCCCCGGAGGAAGCGACCGCGCGACCAACCCCAGCGAUGCCGGCAGCUCCGUCGCCCGCAGCGAAACCGGAGACGCCGGCGAAGAGCCAUCCGCGGACGGUGUCAUCCCCCCCAGCGGGCGACGGGAGUCGUGGGUGCCCGUCAACAGCCCCGGCCUACCGCCACGAGGCCCCGACGGGGACCGACGACCCAGCCUGCCGCUGCCCACCACCACCAGCCGGUCUCUGCAAUCCCAGUCCCCCUUCUCUCUUCCCGCCCUGCCACCACCCCCUCCCCCGCCAGCCCCCACGGACACGCCGCUCUACGGUCAUCCGUCGCCCACGCUGCCGUCCAUCGGGACCGCCAGCUCUCAAGCGCCCCGUCUGCAACCGCUCAACUCAUGGUUGCCCCCGCGGGGACCGCCGCCCCCAUACGCCCAGUCGCUGCCUCCGAUCAGCGCCACCACGGCCCACGGGCUCCCGCUGCUGCCGCCGCCCGGUGCCGUGGGAGGGCCUGGUGGAUCCUCACCGGGAACCGCGGACGGGUGGGACAGUCUCGCGCCGCCGCCGCCGGGACUGUGGUCGACCAGUCUCGGGGGGGAAGAUGUGUUGGCGUUCCUCGAGGGGUGCGAUUAUGACCAGUUGCCCAGUCCGAUGGCGUCGGAACUGGGGCUGCCGACGGGGUGGUUGAGUACCGUGUGGACUGAGUUUGCGCGGUAGUUUUUUUUCCUUUUUUUUCUUCUUCUUCUUUCGUUGGUGCUCUUUCGCCCGCGUUGGUCUUUGUUGGGAGGCCUACGGCGUCUGUACGAGUAUCGGCUGUCAGUCAGCCUAUCAGCAUUACGAUCUGAUAUGGGUAUGGAUCUGGGUAUGGGUAUGGAUAUGGGUAUGGAUCUUGGAUCUUGUCCGGGUGGACACUGUCUCCCACGGACAAUCAAAAUCAAAGUCAAAAAAGAAAAACGACAAUAAAAAAGACAAAAACGCCACGGAGGAUCUAUCUGUUCGGGUUCUUUGUUCUGGGUUGCGUGUUUGCUUGCGGCACGUUCUGGGCGCAUGCUGUGUGGAGGGAUUCCCAGGGCUUGUUUUGCGAUUCUGAGCGGGCGUUUAUAUUUUUUUCUUAGUCCUUUGUGUCUUUCUAGCUACCAUGAGUGGUUGA